AUGGAUUGGGAGAUAGUUGAUGAAUCUCCAGUGGUGCCUGUGGAGUUGGGAGGUUUGAAAAAGAAGAGUGCAGAAAUUGAACAACCAACUAAGCUGAAGCAUGUUAGUGAGGUAGAGCACGGCAUAAGAAAGGAGGCUCCUUCAAUGAAGAGGCCUCUGGAUAUUGGUAGAGCAAGUUGUUCAAGAUGUCAUAUAUCCCCUCUGGCAUAUGGUAUGGUUGAUUCUGAAAAUGAUGCAUCAUGGACGUGGUUCUUUCAGAAUCUAAAGGAAGCGUACGGGAAAAGACAAAACAUGUGUGUUGUUUCUGAUAGGAAUCCAAGCAUCAUAAAGGCUGUUAGCGAUAUGUACAACGAUGUUCCUCAUUAUGCAUGUAUGUGGCAUCAAUGGGGGAAUGUUAAAAAACUUUACAGGAAGUCACACGAUGCAUUGUCAGAGGUAAAGAAUUAUUUGGAAUUGGCUGGUUACGAAAAGUGGGCUAGGUCCUAUGCAAUAGUUAACCGAGGGUGGACUUUGACUUCAAAUAUUGCGGAGUCAAUAAAUGGAGUACUUGUAUCAAGUAGAGAACUGUCAAUUUAUGACUUUCUUGAGGAGUUUCGAUUAUUGUUUGCAAAAUGGAACUGCGAAAAUAGGCAACAGGUUUCAUAUACCUUCACGCCACUCAUUGAAAAGUUUUAUGACAUACUCAAAGAGAACGAGGCUUUGUGUACUCAGAUGACGAUACCAUGUGCACAUGCUUGUGCGGUGUUGGAGAAGAAGAAUUUUGAGAAGGGGCCAUACUGUUGUGAUUUGUUUAAACCAAAAAUUAUUUUGAAAACAUAUGAUGUUCCCAUCUAUCCGUUGCCACACAAAGAUGACUGGCUAAUUUCAAAGAGCGUACUUAGUGAAAUAGUACUGCCUCCAAAAUACAAAAGACCUCCAGGAAGACCUGCGAAGAAGUAUCGUGGAAAAUCAAGACAUGAUAUGUUUAGAAAGAAGAACAUCAACUCAUGUGGUGCUUGUGGGGCUAAGGGUCACAAUAGGCGUUCCUGUAGAAAAUAUCGAAAAAUGAAACAUUUCUCUUUCCGUAUUAGUGCUUAA